UGCAGAUGAAAGGCUCAAUGAAAGAAGACCUUGUGAUGCAAGAAUUUUUUCUGAUGGGAGUGUACUUUGGAAUCCAAUGGGUAUAUUUAAAAGUACAUGUUCUGUUGAUAUUAAAUACUUUCCAUUUGAUCGGCAAAAGUGUGUUCUGAAAUUCGGACCUUGGAGUUAUGAUGGAUUUCGCGUUAACAUUUCAUUUUAUGAUGGUGAACGUAAUUUUCGUCUACUUAAUUAUAUUACUAAUCCUGAAUGGAAUUUAUUAAAUUCCAGUGCUGUAUUCACAGAAAUCUCUUAUCCAUGUUGUCCGGAAAAAUAUCCUGAUAUUACAUUUCAUGUAUGGAUUAAAAGAAAAUCAGCAUUUUAUACAUACAUUUUAAUUAUACCAAGUAUACUAUUAUCAUCGCUUACAUCAGUUAUCUUCUGGUUGCCACCACCUUCACCAGCCAAGAUUGUUUUAGCAAUGAACGUAUUUGUUGCAUUCCUGCUCCUUCAUCUUUUAUUGGAAGAUACAACACCGGCAGCUGCAAGUAAUUUCCCAUUACUUGGUGCAUAUUAUUGUUUCAAUAUGGGUGUCAUUACAAUUUCAAUGUUUUUAUGCUGUAUCACAGUUAAUAUACAUUUUCGAACAGCUGAAACUGAACAACCAUCUAAAUGGUUAAGAAAAUUCACUUCAUUGAUGGGACGAAUACUUUUUUAUCAACAUUGAUG